AUGUCUUCUGCCGGUCAGUCAAGCGUUGGCGCUCCCCAGUUCUACGAGGCUGGUGACCAGCGUAACGAGCCCAUGUCUGUGCUCAACGAGCGCGAGCGCUACAAGGAGGGCACCACCCACAGCCACCAGAACCUCGACUCCAAGGACCAGCGUUCCAUUGCCAACAAGCUCGCCUCCCAGGAGCGCAAGCCCGAAUCUGACCACCACCACAACGGUGUCUACAAUCCCGAGGCUGAGCUCUCCAAGCAGGAUGCUACCAAGCCGGCCAAACUCCACGGAAACCAGCCCUCUAAGGGAGCUCAAAUUGACGCAGAGCUGCAGGCUGAGGAUGAGCAGCGUCUGCGUGAGAAGGGCAUCAAGAAAUAA